AUGCUGAUCAAGGAGUAUCGUAUCCCCAUGCCGAUGAGCGUGGAGGAGUACCGCAUCGCUCAGCUCUACAUGAUCCAGAAAAAGAGCAGGGAGGAGAGUUGCGGCGAAGGCAGCGGCGUGGAGAUCCUCGAGAACAAGCCUUACAAGGACGGCCCCGGAGGCUCGGGCCAGUACACGCACAAGGUCUAUCACAUCGGGAAACACAUCCCGAGCUGGUUCUGUGCCAUUCUGCCGCAAGCUGCCCUGCGAGUGGAGGAGGAGUCCUGGAACGCCUACCCCUAUACACGAACCCGGUACACCUGUCCCUUUGUAGAGAAAUUCUCUAUAGACAUCGAGACGUAUUAUAAACCAGACACUGGAAAUCAAGCGGAUGUCUUCAAUCUGUCCUCCGCCGAAAAGAGACAGAGGACAGUCGACCCCAUAGACAUCGUAAAGGACUACAUGGCUCCUCACGAGUACCUGGUGGAAGAAGACCCAAAGCUGUAUCAGUCUGUCAAGACCAAACGGGGUCCACUGUCAGAGGACUGGAUCGAGGAGAUCAACCAGAAUCCUGGUCAGAACCCCGUCAUGUGUGCCUACAAGCUCUGCAAAGUGGAGUUCAGAUACUGGGGCAUGCAGUCCAAGAUUGAACGCUUCAUACAUGAUGUGGGUCUGCGUAAAGUGAUGGUCCGUGCCCACCGGCAGGCGUGGUGCUGGCAGGACGAGUGGUACGGCCUGACCAUCGAGGACAUCAGGCAGCUGGAGCUGGAGACCCAGCUGGCGCUGGCUAAGAAGAUGGCCCAGUACAGCCUCAGCGAGGAGGGGGGAGCGGAGACCAACGGCUCCUCCGUCGGCCAGGACCAGGAGCCGGGAGCCGAGGCGGCGGGAUCCAACACGGAGGAGGAAGGGGGAGCGGCGGGAAAGCUGGGAGAUUCGCUGGAGACACGAGGGGAGCUCACCAAGCAGUGGUCCACAUCCUCUAGAUCCUCCAACCGGUCAUCUAAGAGAGGAGGUAGCCCAUCUCACCAGAGCCUCUCGGAGUGGAGGAUGCAGAGCAUCGCCCGGGACUCGGAGGACAGCACAGACGACGAGUUCUUUGAUGCUCAUGAGGACUUCUCCGACAACGAGGACAUGUUUGCCAAGGAGAUCACCAAGUGGAGCUCCAAUGAUCUGAUGGACAAGAUAGAAAGAAUCGAGGUGGAUGAAGCACAAGAAACUUUGUACCAGGAGUCGGGCGGGGAGUACGCCGUGAUGAGUAACGAGGAGACGCAGAUGGAGGACUGUUCGUCUCAGCAGUGUCUCCAGCCGUCCAAAAUUCACGUCCUCAUUCUGGUCCUGCAUGGAGGGAACAUUCUGGACACUGGCUCCGGUGAACAGAACAACAAGCAGGGAGAUUUAAACACGCUGAGUGGGGCUUUUGAGACCGUGAUGAGGGUCCAUUACCCUGCAGCGCUGGGACGCAUCGCCAUCCGGAUGGUCCCCUGCCCUGCUGUGUGUGUCGACGCAUUCUCGCUGGUCUCCAACCUGAGCCCCUACAGCUACGACGAGAGCUGCCUGUCCAGCAGUCAGGACCACAUCCCGCUGGCUGCGCUGCCUCUUUUGGCCACCUCUGCACCGCAGUAUCAAGACGCUGUCGCAACCGUCAUCUUACGAGCCAAUCAGGUGUAUAGUGACUUCAUCAAGUCUUUAGAAGGAGCGUCUUUUAAUGGCCAGGUGUGUGUCAUCGGGGACUGUGUUGGGGGUAUCCUGGGAUUUGACGCUCUGUGCAGCAGCUCUGUGACGGUGUCAGAAAGCCAAAACAGCAGCAGACGGGGCAGCACCAUCAGUGUGCAGGACACAGACCUUCUCUCUCCAGGUAUUGUCAUAAACAGCAUCUCUCCGUCCUCACCCUCCCUCGAAGGAAGCCGGCAUCUCAGCCGCAGCAACAUCGACAUCCCUCGCUGCUCGGGGCCCGACGACCCCAAGAAACAACUUCCGCGCAAGCGUAGCGACUCCUCAACGUACGAGCUGGACACCAUCAAACACCACCAAGCCUUCCUGUCCAGUCUUCACUCCAGCGUGCUGCACGGGGAGCCCGGGUCACGGCGCUCCAGCAACAGCACUAUGUUGGAGGGAGGCUCCCUGGGAAAGUUCGACUUCGAGGUGACUGACUUCUUCCUCUUCGGCUCUCCUCUGGGGUUGGUGCUUGCACUGAGGAAGACUGUGGUGCCCGCGUUAGAUGUGUCGGCUUUGCGUCCAGCCUGUCAGCAGCUUUACAACCUGUUCCAUCCAGCCGACCCCUCGGCCUCGCGCCUCGAGCCUCUCCUGGACAAGAGGUUCCACCUGCUGCCUCCCUUUAGCGUCCCCCGCUAUCAGCGCUUUCCUCUGGGUGAUGGACACUCAGCUCUCUUGGUUGAGACUGUGCAGAGUAACCCUCAGCUUCUGAUGGAGUCUAGUGGUGCAGCGCCCCAACGCUGCCAGGAAAGCACCGUCAAUGAGACCUCCAUCCCUGUGCCCGUCCUCAACUGGCAGGCCUCGCAGCUCCACACGGAGACGGAUGCUCUUCACUCACAUAUUUUCGUCGACGGCCAGUAUCCAUCGUCCACAUCACCAGGGGUCCCUCACCUUCGCUGCAACCGCAGGGCCAGCGAGGCCAGCAUAGCCAGCCAGGUGUCAGGCUUAGCCGACUCUUACACCGCCUCCAACAUCGCCACGACACACGUGGCGAGCCACACUAAAAGGCCCAGUCUGCUGUCCCACCUGGCUCUGCCCUACAAUAAAUUUGCCACUCGGAACCCUUCCCCUCGGUUGCGCAAGAAAGUCAGGAAAGUCCGUCAGGUGUUCCCGAGAGACAACGGUGUGGAGUCGGAGCAGAGGUCGGACAUUAGCUCUGACAUGUCCUCUGACAUUACCUCUGACCUCACGGAUGUCACGUCCGACAUCACCGACAUCAGCUCGCCACCCCCGUCACCCAGGGUGCUGAAGAACAUAGGACAAGUUGCCUCUCGGUGGUGGGGCAGUAAGAGGAUGGACUACGCCCUGUACUGUCCUGACGCCCUGACAGCAUUUCCAACAGUGGCUCUGCCUCAUCUGUUCCACGCCUCCUACUGGGAGUCUACAGACGUCGUUUCCUUCCUACUGAGACAGGUGAUGAGACACGAGAACUCCAGUAUUUUGGAGCUGGAUGGUAAAGAAGUGUCCGAAUUCACUCCAUCCAAACCUCGUGAGAAGUGGCUCCGCAAGAGGACUCAUGUUAAAAUUAGAAACGUGACAGCGAACCAUCGUGUAAAUGACGCUGUGUUCACGGAGGACGGAGCCCAGAUGGUGACGGGACGUUUCAUGUACGGCCCUCUGGACAUGGUUACCCUCACUGGAGAGAAGAUUGACAUCCACAUCAUGACCCAGCCUCCUUCUGGAGAGUGGGUGUACUUUGACACGGAGCUCACCAACAGCAGUGGCCGUGUCUCUUAUAUGAUCCCCGAGAGCAAACGGCUCGGUAUCGGUGUGUAUCCUGUCAAAAUGGUGGUCAGGGGCGACCACACGUUUGCAGACAGCUAUCUUACUAUUUUACCACGGGGAACAGAGUUUGUUGUAUUCAGUAUUGACGGGUCAUUUGCUGCCAGCGUGUCAAUCAUGGGCAGCGACCCAAAAGUUCGAGCUGGAGCUGUGGAUGUGGUCAGGUACUGGCAGGACUUGGGCUAUUUGAUAGUGUAUGUAACGGGUCGGCCUGACAUGCAGAAGCAGCGCGUGGUGGCCUGGCUCUCUCAGCAUAACUUUCCUCACGGCAUCGUCUCCUUCUGCGACGGGCUGGUGCACGACCCGCUCCGACACAAGGCCAACUUCCUCAAAUCCCUCAUCAACGAGGCCCACAUGAGGAUCUUUGCAGCGUACGGCUCCACCAAGGACAUCUCAGUGUACACGUCUAUCGGCCUGCCUCCGUUCCAUAUCUACAUUGUGGGAAGGCCCACAAAGAGAAUGCAGCACCAGUGUCAGUUCAUCUCGGACGGCUACGCUUCCCACCUGUCCCAGCUGGAGUACAACCAGAGGUCUCGUCCUGCCAAGUCCGCCAGCAACCGCAUGGUCCUCCGCAAGGGCAGCUUUGGCCUGGGUGCGGCCGGAGGAGAUUUCCUCCGCAAACGCAACCACAUCUUUCGCACCAUCUCCUCUCAGCAGCCCGCCGGAGCGGGGUCCCCCUCCCCCGGCCAGCCGGGCCGGACUGAGCGCACGCAGAGCCAGUGCGAGAUGGAGCGGGAACGGGGGGUCGCGCCAGCAACCCAGAGGAGUAUGAGUAUAGCUGCGGGGUGCUGGGGCCGCAGCGGGAGCACCAAGGAGGGCAGCGGGGGGCUACUCGGCCCUAAAUAAUUCAGAAAGGGGCUAU